UGUUUUCCAGCUAUCUUCAUUAACAUUAAAAUGGCUGCUUUAAGUUCUAUUCCAAGCAGUUUUUGAGUGAGUUUUGAGUAAAAAUCAAAAGUUUAUCGAUUUUCCACACCAAACUAUGCUUCGAGAAACAUCGAUGAGUUAGUUUGCCACUUUUGUAGCGUUUUUCGUGUCUCAAAUUUUGUCGAAUUUUUGUGCAAAAUGGCAGAUCAGCAGUCCAAUCAAGUCCGGAGACCUAUGCUGAGCAUAGACUUGCCCAAUAGUGCAAAUUCAAUCGGGGGUUUUCGUCCGCUUCCCAGCCAGCCUGGGGCCACCAAUGAGCGUUUGGGGACUGCAGCCGGCUCCAACCGCCCCAAGAUGAGCCUCCCUACCAUUCCCAAGUCCACCAUCGACCCCACUAUUGACAGAACCCGUUUUGGCCCCAGUGAAAGAAAUAAACAGCAAAGGGAUUCCCGGUUCAAGAUUUGCCAAUCGAUGAAUUCCUCCGGGAAGCUCCAAAUUGGAGGCAAGACCUACGAUUUUACAUCUGAUGAUUUGCAAGACAUUGGAGAGAUUGGAAGGGGCGGUUUUGGGACUGUGAAUAAGAUGGUGCAUAGGAAAUCUGGUACUGUGGUUGCUGUCAAGAGGAUAAGAUCAACAGUUGAUGAAAAAGAACAAAAACAACUGUUGAUGGACUUGGAUGUGGUGAUGAAAAGCAACGAGUGCCAUUAUAUUGUGCAAUUUUAUGGGGCCCUGUUUAAGGAGUUGCAGGGGGAUUGUUGGAUCGUGAUGGAACUAAUGGACACGUCGUUGGAUAAAUUUUACAAAUUCAUCUACGACAAACUAGGCGACCGAAUUCCAGAAGAAAUCCUCGGAAAAAUUGCACUAGCGACUGUYAAAGCUUUAAACUACUUAAAAGAAAAACUCAAAAUAAUACAUCGAGAUGUGAAACCAAGCAAUAUUUUGUUAGACAGAAAGGGAAACAUCAAGUUGUGCGAUUUUGGAAUUUCGGGACAGUUGGUCGAUUCAAUUGCACGAACUCGUGAUGCUGGAUGUCGUCCAUAUAUGGCUCCUGAAAGGAUUGACCCGCAGACGGCUAAAGGCUACGACGUGCGAAGCGAUGUUUGGUCGUUGGGAAUAACAUUGAUGGAGGUCGCCACUGGUCGUUUUCCGUAUCCGAGAUGGUCGAGCGUAUUCGAUCAGUUACACCAAGUCGUCAACGGGGAACCCCCGCGCCUUACCGAAAACCAUAACGCCAAUACUUUUACGUCAGAGUUUGUUAAUUUUGUAAAUACAUGUUUAAUAAAAGACGAACACUCCAGACCAAAGUAUAAGCGGUUGCUUGAAGAUCCGUUUAUUUUGAGAGCGCAGAAGGAGAAAGUCGAUGUUGCCGCCUACGUCUCGCGUAUAAUGGAUGAAAUGGCGAAUAACGGCAUCAGCGCAUUCACGACAAAUCAACAGUGAAGCGCUUAACCGAGUCAGAGGCGUCUCAGGUGAUGUUACGAUGUAGGGAAAARUAUUAGUGAGUAAUCGCUUAGAAGUAUCAUUUCUUAUUAUUAUGGUUAGUAAGUUUGUGCAAUUGAGCGCGAUUCGCGAUUURCUUGGUGAUAAACUCGAUGAUGAGGUUCUUAAAAAUAAGAUCGAUCAGAUUUAAAUCGAACUAAUUCGCAGAAAAACAAGGUUCUGACAAUACUAUCAAAUUUCGUUUGGAAUUAGUUCGAUUUUUAAUGAUCGCAAGUUAUGUUUAGGUUCAAAUGUAAUUGAGGAUAAAUAUAUAGCUUUAGUAACUUAAUGUUACAUAGUUGAAGCCACUGAUUAAAAAAACAGUCCAUUGUAUAUAUUAGUACAUGUCCGGUUUUUAAGUUUCGAAUUUAAUGUGAUGUCUAUUUUUAGCAUUUAUUGGAUGCAUUUGAGGUGCUUUUUGCAUAUAAUUAUAUUUUUUUUAUUUCAAAAAUUGUUACCGAUUUUUAAACAAUAAAACGUUGCCUGUUCUAUUGUACCAUGUACGAUUUUUGACUGUAUAUAGUUAGUGUAUGUUGUUAAUAUUUAAUUUUUUACUCAAUUGUUUAAGAAUAAGCAAAUUGUACGUUUAUUUACAACACAAUGUUGAAUAUGUAAAGUAAAAUUGUACAGAAAACAAAAAA